UUACCUUCCUUUAGUUUACAAUGGAUUUUGGAUAAACAAGAUCUAUUGAAGGAACGCCAGAAAGACUUGAAAUUCCUGACUGAAGAAGAAUAUUGGAAGCUACAGAUAUUUUUUACUAAUGUUAUCCAGGCUUUAGGUGAACAUCUUAAAUUAAGACAACAAGUUAUUGCCACUGCUACAGUCUACUUCAAGAGAUUCUAUGCCAGAUAUUCCCUAAAAAGUAUAGAUCCAGUAUUAAUGGCUCCUACGUGUGUGUUUUUGGCAUCCAAAGUAGAGGAAUUUGGUGUUGUUUCAAAUACAAGGUUGAUUUCUGCUGCUACUUCUGUAUUGAAAACUAGGUUUUCGUAUGCCUUUCCAAAGGAGUUUCCUUAUAGGAUGAACCAUAUACUAGAAUGUGAAUUCUAUCUCUUAGAAUUAAUGGACUGCUGUUUGAUAGUAUAUCAUCCUUAUAGACCUUUGCUCCAAUAUGUGCAAGAUAUGGGCCAAGAAGACAUGCUGCUACCUCUCGCAUGGAGGAUAGUGAAUGACACAUAUAGAACUGAUCUUUGUCUGCUGUACCCUCCUUUCAUGAUAGCUCUAGCUUGCCUACAUGUGGCCUGUGUUGUCCAGCAGAAGGAUGCAAGGCAAUGGUUUGCGGAGCUGUCUGUUGAUAUGGAAAAGAUUUUAGAAAUAAUCAGGGUUAUUCUGAAGCUGUAUGAGCAGUGGAAGAACUUUGAUGAGAGGAAAGAGAUGGCUACUAUUCUUAGUAAAAUGCCUAAACCAAAACCACCUCCAAACAGUGAAGGAGAACAGGGUCCAAAUGGUAGCCAGAACUCUAGUUAUAGCCAAUCUUAAGACAUUCCAAAGAAUUUCUUUAUGGACCACUUUGACUCAAGACACCCUGGGAUCUUUCCUGUGUUCAUGAAAUGGACAGAAGGUUUUAGUAACAUCUUUGACAAAGAACUUGAAGAAUAAAUAGCUUGUUUGUGUCAAGCAUUUUGAAAGCUUUUUCUCUAAAACUGCAUCAUUUUCUCUGACGCUGGAGCAGAUGUACUAAGAUUUUUCAGUGUAAGGAAUCAAACGUUAAACCAAGCUGCAAAAGAUUAACACCAUCCACUCAAAACAAGUAGUUCAUUAUUGGGCUUGUUUGUUUUGAGGAAAUUGUAACUUGCCAUUGAACUAUUUUUAAAGUGACAGUAACCUGAAGCCUAAGUGUAACUGUAUUAAUGACUUGUGUUGUCUUCAUUUUGUUUGUGACUGAAGGAAGAUAGUGCACUCACUGUAUGUUAAAUUUAUUCAUUACCUUGAGUUCUGUUGAUUUUUUAAAAAAUAAAUAUGGAUUCUGUAACAAGUAACACAGCAAUUCUUCAGAAACAAAGCCAGCAAAGAAUAUUGUUACCGUUCCAAUGACAGCUGCAGGAAAGAAAUUCAGUUCCUUUUUUUUUUUUUUUGGAUUAGAAAAAAGCUGUUUUACUCAGAAGAUAUACUUGGAGAAUGUUUUUGCCAUGAAGCAUAAUAGCCCAGCUGACCAGAGAAGUGCAAUAUAUAUAACGAUUCUGCAGUUUUCUUAAACAUUUCAAGUGUUACAAAUUAAAAACCCCAACAUACUAUGAUUUCUUUUCUUUGCAAGUAAGCGUUCUGUAUAGUACAAUUGGAAUAGUUCAUAAUCAAGUACCAGUUUGGAUAUGAUUACCGUUUUUUAUGGUGAAUUUUGUUUUGUACAAGACAUACACUGUUAGUCUGCCUUCACUGUUAGUGUGAAUUUGUGUGGUUCAUUAGAGUUUAGUUAAGAGGUUCAAGCUUUCAGUGAGCUUCAUACUGGCUAAUCUUAAUUGUGACGUUAGGAGCAACUUUUUAGAAUAACUGAAAUGGGAUUCCUUGGUUAACUAUGUGCUGGAGAAAAUGAGAUUCCUUCAAACAGAAGUCUGUAUCCUGUCUUCCUUACUCAGGCAGAUACCCCACUGAAGUCAGGAAUUGGCCUAAAUCAAAUUUCUUAAUUUUUUUAGAUAACUUUGUUUCUAAUUAAGUUCUGUACAACUUAAUUUUGAGUGAUAAUACCAAAAGUAUCAAAACUGAAUGAUAA